AUGGCAAGAAGUUCCGACUCUCUCACGUCGUCUGGCGGAAGCAGCCUGCGUCCCAGCUUCGCCCUUGAUGCGGCCUCGUCCUCAUCCCGCGAUAAGCUGGAUCCCCCACGAGAAAGCAGCCCGCAACCCUCGCCGCGCACCCGCCCGACCACACACUUUAGAAAUGAAGAUGGCUACAGCAGUUACAACGUUGACGAGGAGUUGCGCCUCUCACAGGCUGGACCUAGUGCUGCGCCAUCCGAAUCCACUGCCCUCUUGCAAGAUGUGCUCAACGACCGUCAUUGCUCGCACGCCGGCUCCUGCAACCACGGCACCUUCUCGCCACGUCCCGCCAGCCCAGCACUAGCCGACGACAACUCUGACACAGGGAUCGACUCGGCGAGAGAUGGGCCAAGCGGCUCAAUUCCCAUCAUAGACGGCCUAAUAUCGACCAUCACUGGCAGCAGGAACAGCAGCACCUGGCGGCGGAGGCUAGUCCGGAACGUCCGCAGCAAGAAGAUGAGCUCGUCGAGCGCAUUAGCUGAGCGCCAUGGCCUGACCGAUACGGGGUCGAUGUAA